AUGGCCCGGAUUUCAUCAGACCCGCUUAUGGUUGGAAGAGUGAUCGGAGACGUUGUGGACAGUUGUUUGCAGGCAGUAAAAAUGACAGUAACUUAUAACUGCGACAAGCAAGUCUACAACGGCCAUGAACUUUUCCCUUCUGUAGUUACAAACAAACCUAAGGUUGAAGUUCAUGGUGGUGACAUGCGGUCAUUCUUCACUUUGGUCAUGACUGAUCCUGAUGUUCCUGGACCUAGUGAUCCUUAUCUGAGGGAGCAUUUGCACUGGAUUGUUACCGAUAUCCCAGGGACAACCGACGUGACAUUUGGAAAUGAAAUAAUAGGGUACGAGAUGCCUCGGCCAAACAUUGGGAUCCACCGAUUUGUGUAUUUGCUUUUCAAGCAGAACCGUAGAGGAAGUGUGGUUUCUGUGCCGUCUUACAGAGACCAAUUCAACACUCGAGUGUUUGCACAUGAGAAUGAUCUCGGUCUCCCCGUUGCAGCAGUUUUCUUCAACUGCCAGCGUGAGACCGCCGCUAGACGCCGUUGAUUGACUUCCGCCACCAACCUAAGUAGCUUUCUCCGUUCCCGGUCAAUAUCGGUUGUUCCAUCCAUUCUACAUUUUAAUAACGGGCAGCAGCGAGUCAUGUUUAUAUAUGUGUGUAUGUAUUGUACUGCUUGUGAUUUGAAUAAACUUGGCUUCUCUUGUUAUAGUCUAUUUCAUAUUUUGGUGGAUAAUUUUGGUCUUUUGAUGUAAAAUAUACAUAAACAUAAUUGAUAUUUC